UGAUCUUAACAAUUGAAUACUGUAACAGGAGAACAAACUAAAUUCAGAUACACUUGACUACCAUAAAUCAAAUCUGGGGAAAAAUUCACAAAUUUUUGAUGAUAAAAAGCAUUAUUUAAUAUUUUUGAUAGCUUUGCUUUAGUCUGAAGGUUAUUUCAUAUUAAGCUAUUUCCACAUGUACUGUAUAAGUAAGACAGAAAAGUAUUUGUCAGUUGGCAAUUCUAGUGAAUCCCGCGGUAAAUGCAGCUGAGGGCUACAGACAUAUAUCAGGAACCAGGAUAUGUAAAUUGUUUUCGAUUUAUGUCUUGUUUCAUUGGAAAUGAAUUAGUUUUCAUUAUUAUGUGACAGUGAUUAAAGUUAUCUGCAAAGUCUGUUUUGCCGUUUGUUUUAUCUCAGGCUUGUUGGUAGAUACAAUUCUAAGUUUCGAUAAUGUCUAGACCCGAAGAUAGCAUGGAUACUGCAGACACUGGCGAAAAUUCGAAUGCAUCCUCGGUUGAUACACUGUCAUCACGUGGAAAGCCAGAGGACUAUGACACAAAAGUGGAGACGGACAGAAGCAAGCGCUUCGACUACCUGCUCAAGCAGACGGAGAUCUUCACUCACUUUAUGUCCAACAACCAGCGGGACAAGCAGGCAGCUAGUCCGCUGAAGGUCAGGCCAGGGAGGCCGAGGAAGAACCCGGACCAACCCAAAAUGGCACCGCCUUCUCUCGGAGACCCAGGGGACCACCGUCACCGCAAGACUGAGCAAGAGGAGGACGAAGAGCUGCUAGCGGAGACGAACUCGAGCCGCAAGACCAUCAUCAGCUUCGACCAGUCGCCGCCGUACGUCAAGAACGGAGAGAUGCGGGACUACCAGGUGCGCGGCCUCAACUGGAUGAUCUCUCUCUACGAGAACGGCAUCAACGGCAUCCUGGCCGAUGAGAUGGGCUUGGGGAAGACUCUGCAGACCAUCUCCCUUCUUGGGUACAUGAAGCACUACCGCAGCAUUCCUGGUCCACACAUAGUCAUUGUGCCCAAGUCCACUCUCGCCAACUGGAUGAAUGAGUUCAAGAAGUGGGUGCCGUCCCUGCGUGCCGUCUGUCUCAUCGGCGACCAGGAGAGCAGGAAUGUGUUCAUCCGGGACACGCUGAUGCCAGGCAACUGGGACGUGUGCGUCACCUCGUACGAGAUGGUGAUCAAGGAGAAGAGCGUGUUCAAGAAGUUCAACUGGCGCUACAUGGUGAUCGACGAGGCGCACCGCAUCAAGAACGAGAAGUCGAAGCUGUCGGAGAUAGUGCGGGAGUUCAAGACGACCAACCGUCUCCUGCUGACGGGCACCCCUCUCCAGAACAACCUGCACGAGCUGUGGUCGCUGCUCAACUUCCUGCUGCCGGAGGUCUUCAGCUCCAGCGAUGAUUUUGAUGCGUGGUUCAACACCAACUCCUUCUUGGGUGACAACUCAUUGGUGGAUAGGCUUCAUGCGGUUUUGCGGCCAUUCUUGUUGCGGCGCUUGAAGUCCGAGGUUGAGAAGAAGCUCAAGCCAAAGAAAGAAAUGAAGGUGUACAUCGGCCUGAGCAAAAUGCAGAGAGAAUGGUACACGAAGGUGUUGAUGAAGGACAUUGACAUUGUGAACGGGGCAGGCAAGAUCGAGAAGAUGCGACUGCAGAACAUACUGAUGCAGCUGAGGAAGUGCUCCAAUCACCCGUACCUGUUUGAUGGGGCAGAACCUGGGCCCCCAUACACAACCGACGAGCACCUGGUGUACAACUGCGGCAAGAUGGUCCUGCUCGACAAGUUCCUGCCGCGGCUGCAGGAGCAGGACUCCCGCGUGCUCAUCUUCAGCCAGAUGACGCGCAUGCUCGACAUCCUGGAGGAUUACUGCCACUGGCGCGGCUACCAGUACUGCCGUCUGGAUGGGCAGACACCUCACGAGGACAGGCAGAGGCAGAUAAACGAGUUCAACGAGCCUGGCAGCGAGAAGUUCAUCUUUAUGCUGUCGACCAGGGCUGGGGGUCUUGGCAUCAACCUGGCCACUGCGGACGUUGUCAUCAUAUAUGACUCGGACUGGAACCCCCAGAUGGAUCUGCAGGCCAUGGAUCGCGCCCACCGCAUCGGGCAGCAGAAGCAGGUGCGCGUGUUUCGCUUCAUCACGGAGAACACGGUGGAGGAGAAGAUCGUGGAGCGGGCGGAGGUGAAGCUGCGGCUGGACAAGAUCGUGAUCCAGCAGGGCCGGCUGGUGGACAGCAAGCAGAACCAGCUCAACAAGGACGAGAUGCUCAACAUGAUCCGGCAUGGUGCCAACCACGUGUUCGCCUCCAAGGACUCUGAAAUCACCGACGAGGACAUAGACACCAUCCUCAUGAAGGGUGAGGCCAAGACUGAAGAGCUGAAACAGAGAUUGGAAAACCUGGGAGAGGCGUCACUCCAAAACUUUACACUCGACACUGGACCUACAGAGUCUGUGUACCAGUUUGAAGGAGAAGAUUACAGGGAGAAACAGAAAGUUUUAGGUAUCGGGAACUGGAUUGAGCCCCCAAAGAGAGAAAGGAAGGCCAACUAUGCCGUGGAUGCAUACUUCAGAGAAGCUCUCAGGGUUUCCGAGCCCAAGGCUCCCAAAGCUCCUCGUCCGCCGAAGCAGCCCAUCGUCCAGGACUUCCAGUUCUUCCCUCCGCGACUGUUCGAGCUGCUCGACCAGGAAAUAUACUACUUCCGGAAGACGGUCGGGUAUAAGGUUCCAAAAAAUCCUGAGCUGGGCUCGGACGCAGCUCGAAUCCAGAAAGAAGAGCAGAGGAAGAUUGAUGAAGCGCGACCAUUGACGGAGGAUGAAAUGGAUGAAAAGGAGAAGUUGCUAACACAGGGCUUCACGAUGUGGUCGAAGCGGGACUUCAACCAGUUCAUCAAGGCGAACGAGAAGUACGGGCGGGACGACAUAGAGAACAUCGCGAAGGAGGUGGAGGGGAAGACGCCAGAGGAGGUGAUGGAGUACAGCACGGUGUUCUGGGACCGGUGCAGCGAGCUCCAGGACAUCGACCGCAUCAUGGGGCAGAUCGAGCGGGGCGAGGCGAAGAUCCAGCGCCGGGCCAGCAUCAAGAAAGCCCUGGAUGCCAAGAUGGCGCGGUACAGAGCCCCGUUCCACCAGCUGAGGAUCGCGUACGGCACCAACAAGGGCAAGAACUACACGGAGGAGGAGGACAGGUUCCUCGUCUGCAUGCUGCACAAGCUGGGUUUCGACAAGGAGAACGUCUACGAGGAGCUGAGAGCAGCCGUUAGGAUAGCCCCGCAGUUCCGCUUCGACUGGUUCAUCAAGUCGCGCACGGCCAUGGAGCUGCAGCGCCGGUGCAACACGCUCAUCACGCUGAUCGAGCGCGAGAACCAGGAGCUGGAGGAGAAGGAGCGCGCGGAGAAGAAGAAGCGCGCGCCGCGGGGGUUCUCUGCGAGCGCGGGGGGAGGCGGCGGCUCCCCCAUGGUGGGCGCGGGCAAGGGGGCCCAGAAGCGCAAGGGCGAGAGCGUCACGCCCGACGGCAAGAUGGGCCGCAAGAAGAAGAAGCAGUUGGACAAGUGAACAACCGUCUGCGCCAGAGCCAUCCGUUCCCGCGUUCCCAUUUGGCUCUGCACGUUCACCCUCUAACUGUGAUCGUUUCCAUCACAAACAUUUGUGUAACUCUUUCAUGCUUGAUUUAAGCAGUUAAAAGUUUGGAAACAUUUUAAAUAACUGACUAAAUAUAUAAUUUUUUUUUUUUUUACAUGUUCGUGUGUGAAAUCUCAGCAUGUUUAUUGGAGUGUGCCCAUUAUGUAUGUGACUUUAAAUUUUUAUUAUUUUUUUUCAUUUCAUUCAGUUAAUAAAAAUAUCAUUGAUU